UUCUGCCUUGAACAAAUAACUCAUAAUAAAAGUAAUAAUUUUAAUAUUAUAAAUGGAACACAUAGGAGAUUACUAGCCGAACCACACAAAACACAUUUAUUGAAAAACCAUUCAGGAGAAAAUUCAUUGACACAACCAAUAGUUAAUAAAUUAGGAGAAAAUAAUACAAAAUGUCGUAAAAAAUCACCUUCAUGUACAUCAAAUGAUGAUAUUUAUCAAGAACAUGAUAGUAAAAUGAAACAAAUAAUAUGUAAAAAUGAGAAGAAUAUUAAAUCUUGGUUUCAAAAAUUUCAUAAGAAAUCACCUCGUAAUAAACUAAAAACAAUCAUGAAAAUUUUUUUAAUAUUCCUUUUUUGGGAGCUUGCUUUAAUUUAUUAUUUCUUUCGUUAUAUAUAUAAAAAAAUUAAAAAACAUUUCCAUACAGAUUAA